GCGCCUGCAGGGACCUGGGGGGUGUCACUGUGCCCCCCGCCCCACCGGGGUUACACAGGUGGGCGUAGGGGGGUGUACCGGAGCUUGGGGGACGCCCACUGCCUCCUCACCUAGGGGUCCGGCAGCGGGAGGCCUCUGGCGAGGCAUGGAGCCCGCUCCCGAGCGCCCGCAGGAGACCCCAGCCCUCACGGAGGCGGCCGCCCAGCUCCUGAGCCUCAUCGGGCCGGAGGAGCUGGAGCGCUGCCUGUUCGCCGAGACGUUGGAGGUGGUGGCGGCGGGGGGCCAGCGGGGGGACCAGGCAGGGGGCCAGUGGUGGGCGGCAGCCCGGCGGGCACCUUACGAGCGGGCGGGCGAGCCGGUGCGGACCUGCCUCCUGGUGCAAGCCGGCUCCCGCAGCAGGCAGGACGGCGUGCCCUGCUCCAGCACCCUCAAAGCGUAUGUGACCCCUCAGCUGGAGACCCUGGAGCAGGAGGAGCAGGAGCGCCUGGAGCUCAGAGCACACCCCACGGAGAGGAGAACCCACAUGGUGAGCCACCAGCAUGGGAUGAUUGUCACCAAGACCCUCCAGGAGGGAGAGGUGAGGCUGAGUGAGGGCUCUCUCCCCUCUGCCCGGUGGGGCAGGGGGCACAGCUGUCCUGUCCCACCCAGGGGUGCUGCAGGCUCUGGGGGGUGCCAUCCCCAGGGACGGUGGGGCUGUGGCUGUCCCUGUGGCCGGGUCUCUCCACAGGCAGAGCCACAGUCCUGGAGCUUCUCCUACAGCCGAGCUGGGCUGCAGGGGCUGCUGCUGGAGGGUGCCAGCCUCCUGCUGCUGCGUGUGCUGGCGCGCCAGCGAGCAGUGCCCCCCAGCCUCAUCUUCCCAGCCAUCGACACUGAGGGCCACCUCUGCACCUCCAGCUAUCGCGCCCUGGGCAUCCAGCAGCAGGCAGUGGGCUCAGCGGAGGUGGAGGUGUUUGUGAUCGAGCGAGCUGUGCACACCAGCACGAGCAUCUCCACAGUCUGGCACAGCAGCUUCCUCCCCAGCGGGCGUUUGGCCCAGCGGGUACAGGUCGGUUGCUCGACGCUGGUGCUUCUGCAGGAUGAAUCUGUGCUUGGCAAGACAGGUGGGGUUGAGCCCCAGCCUCCCUUCCCCAAACAGUCCCUGGACUGGGAGGAGGACAUUCAGCUCUACUCCUGGUUCCUGGACAGAAAGGUGAGGUGGGGGGACAUGGGGACAAGAGGACAUGGGGCUGUGCCACCCCAGCAGGGUCUCCCGUGGGGUGUCAAGGGAGCACAGUGGGGAUCAGGCUGGCCAGCAACACCCCAAGCUCCUCAAGGGUGGAAAAGUACACAGGCAUGCUGUCCCCCCACCCUAGCAUGGUGGCUGUGGGGGGGACAUCAGUGCUCAGGGCGGGGGACACUGGCACCUGUGACCACCCUGCCCACCUGCCGCAGGAGGAGCUGCAAGUGUCCCAUGCUGCCUAUGUCCAGCAGCACCCCGAGCUCUGGGCGCUGCUGGCUGACUUCCUCCAGGCCCUGCUCCUGCAGCAGCCCUGCGACCCUGUCUCCUUCGCUGCCCAAUUCUUCGCUCCCUUUGCUCGCCAGCAGCCAACUGGGACCCCCUUCACCUCUGCUGGGGCUGCCAUCCCCCUCCCCAGCCCCUCGCCUCACCACCCUCUGGCUAAUGGGGAAUAAAGCUGCCAGCGCUGCCUGUCCAGGCUCGUUUGCUUUGGGGAAACUGAGGCACAGUGAGGGCCGAGUUGGAUGCUGACCCCCUCCCCAUGCCAGUUUGGGGGGGACCCAGGUGUCCUGUCCCCCUCCCUGCUGUUCUAACCCCCACCUGGGGUGGGAGUCUUAUGGGACAAACCCUGGAGCAGAGCCAGGCUUGCAUCUCUGUGCUGGGGUGCCCCACAUCUCCCUGGGGGCAGAGUUCUGCUGCCCACUUCUCUGUGGGGCACAGCCCAGUGGCAGAGGGGUGCUCUGAAGAGGC